UUCAGGCAGAUCUGUUCUGAAGGCCUUAGUGUGAAAUGCACGGUCCGCCACUGGUAAUCCAGCAAUACUGCGAACAGGCAGUGAUGGGCAGAUGAGGCCUCAUGAACCACUGUCUUUAUUUUCUGAAGCCACUAGAUGGUGCUAUCUGUUCAGCAAAAGUUUGAAAGCACACUUCAUUGCCAGUCCUUCAGCCUCUAUUAUAAAGAGAGUGCCAUCACGUUGCCAAUCAGUCAAGCUCAUCUGAAAGUAACAACCAGACCAGCACACUCCGCUGGCCCCCGUUUUGAAGCCUUGAACAGGAUUUCUCUAUGUGACGAUGAUGAUGAUGAUGCACCAACUGUUAUUCUAAAAGAUCAUGCCAGCAUAUUUAACAGAAAGACUGGUUGAUUCAAUUCUGGACAUGCUGUGUGCCUUUUUGAAGCAGAACUUUGUAGAAAAAAGGGAAGCAGAGGCAGACCGACCGACGUCUAAAAUCGAUGUGCUAACUAAAAACAAAAAAAGGCUUUGAGCAGCAUUUUAACAAGUGAUAGGGGAGUGGUAGGUUUCUUUCUUUUAAUUUUUACUCUCUCUAAAUCAGAUUGGUGCUGCUGUUGGGCUAGCAUAUGCUUUUGGUGCUGCUUCUAUGUCAAAAAUUUUCUCUGUUGUUUUGCGUUGUCAUAUGGUAUGGGCAUUGUAAAGUAGGGAGUGAUCCGAAGGAAGAGGAUCUGGUGAUGUCUUGAUGCCCUGUAGUUGUUGACCAGCUGUCAUGCUGGUGUUGAUUAAGUACCAAAAUAAUGUUGCGUAAUAGUGACCUGAUGUCACGGGUCCAAGGUGGAAGGACCCACACACAGCAGCACAGGUUGAUCAAAAAAACCAAACAAACCUUUAUUUCCAGAACAUGAGGAUCAGAAGAACAAGCAGGGUUGAGCAGGCACAGGAAACAGGAACACACAGACAGACCCACAAGGAGCUGACAAGACACACCACGGGAACAGGACUUAAAUAGGGUGUACACACACACACACACACACACACACACACACACACACACACACACAGUACUACAAUCAGGUUUUCUCAGUUUUUUUCUUUUCACAGUCGCACUCCUGAUAGUCAUCGUGUUAUUGGAGCCCUAUUAAUGAGACAUAGGGUUUUAAUUCCAUUUUGAUCCUGACUUCUUUUCUGCACAUCAGCUUCAGGAUGAUGUAAAAAUUUUGUCAGCCCUAAAUUUGCUCUCUACAGAAGAACUUGUUCUCAGUCCUGCAUCAGCUGAAGCGGUCGCAGUACUCCACUCUUCACCGAAGCCACCUAUCAUGGAGGUCAGACCUUUGAAAAGUCACAAAGUCAGCAGAUUUUUUUACCAUAAGUAUGGGCGCAUCUUCCUGUUCUUGAUUGUUUUUGUUCUGAUCUUCGUGCUGUUCUGCACCGACAUCACAGAGGUUCUUCAAUUGUAUCACACUGAGUUAGGACAUGUUUAUCAGUACCAGAAUAAAUCCAAGCCCAGUGUCAACAUCUCAAGUGUCACUAGCCACCAAAGCUUCUGCAGCUUUCGACCUAUUUCCCCUGAAGAGGCUGUCGAGGAAGAAUUCAUACUUGAGUCCAUUGCUUGGCCAACAUACCCAUCAAAGAAACAUUUUUAUCCCUUGGCAAAUAUGAGUUACCCAGCCUGUGGCAAGUUCUCCAUUCUCCCAAGAAGAGGAGGAGGAAGCUGGCGUAUUGGGGAUCAGCUUGAAGUCUUGAUCCAAAUACAGGACUACCACUGCCGCCCCAAGAAGUAUGGGGGGGAUGUCUUACUGGCUAGUCUUCACAAUUCACCUCUUCAAGCUGGCGUGGUAGGACAAGUGGUGGAUCAUCUCAAUGGAACGUACUCUGCUGUGUUCACCCUACUCUGGAAAGGAAGUGCAAAGAUUGAGGUGACUCUGGUUCAUUCCAGUGAGGCAGUUGAAGUGCUGCGCAGGCUGACCAGUGAACAGCCUGAUAGGAUAUACUUUAAGAGCCUCUUCCGCUCGGGCUCCUACGCUGUCUUCGCCAACUGCAGCAUCUGCCUGCGGCCGAGCCAGGCGCCAUUGUGCAACUACACCGACAUUCACACGGGUGAGCCGUGGUUCUGCUACAAGCCAAAGAACCUUAGCUGUGAUGCCAGAAUCAAUCACUCCAAGGGAGGAUUUGCACAAAAUCUCAGGCCGAACGAAGUCAAACUCUUUGAAAGUGAGGUCAACAUGAAAGUCCCCAUUCGGACUUCAGGACCAUCUGAUGUCUUUGUGACGCCAAAAAUACAAGAUGGACCCAAUUCGGCAAUAAGCAGUGGGAGGUGGAAACCUUCUGGUUUUUACUACAAAGGUGUGUGGAGGUCACUUGGUGGAGACGCAGUUCGGAAGUUCAACCCUAAGCAGAUGACUCAGUGUCUUAAAGGCAAGCAGGUCCACAUGUAUGGAGACUCCACCAUCCGGCAGUGGUUUGAGUACCUGAAUGAAGUGUUGCCAGGUAUCAGGCCGUUUGGCCUAUACACCUCGAAGCAGACUGGACCCUUGAUGGCCCUGGACUACACCAACAAGAUCAUGGUGACGUACCGCUGUCACGGCCCUCCGAUCCGUUUUAACAAGGUCUUGAUCGGUGGACUGAGUUACAUAGCCAACGAGCUGGAGAGUGUUAUCGGAGGCCGUGACACCAUCAUAGUUCUUGGCAUAUGGUCGCACUUCAGCACUUUUCCAAUGGAGGUCUACAUCCGGCGGUUGAUGAGCAUCCGCAGGGCGGUUGUAAAGCUGCUGGCCAGAGCUCCGGAGACUCUGGUCAUCGUCCGAACUGCAAACCUCAAGAAUUUGACGCUCUACGAGACGCUAACCAACAGCGACUGGUACUCAAUGCAGCGCGACAAGGCGCUCCGAGCCGUAUUCAAAGGUACGAAGGUUCAUCUAGUGGACGCCUGGGAGAUGACACUCGCUCACAACCUGCCACACAAACUCCACCCCGAUCGUCCCAUCAUUAAAAACAUGAUCAAUGUGCUUUUAUCAUAUGUCUGUCCAGCAAAAGGCGGCUAAAUGCAGACACAAUUAAUAAUAGUUAACAGUAAUAAUUAUUAGUAACCAAAACUCUUUGGUGAAGAACACAGGGAAGGAUUAUACAAAAACUGUGAUUUUUAUUUUCUUCUUCAAAGGUCUUUUUUAUUGGACAUAGCAUCAAAGAAAAUAUAUUAUAUAUAGAGUGAAAAGUGGCAUUGUUAUGCUUGCUGUAUUUAUAGUAAAAAAAAAACACAAAAACAAAAGAAAAACACACAAAAACAAAACAAAACAAAAAAAAGAAACAAAGACAAAGUGCAGCCAGCCAACUAUCAAAGGGAGGGAAAAAGAAAAUAACUACACAUAACAUGUUAAUUUAUAGAAAUAAUAAUUUUAAAAUAGAGGGGUGGGGUUGGGGGGGGGGGGGGGGGGGGGGGGGGGUAAGGGGGUCUAAGCUACUCAGAAGUUAUAGUUGUAGAUCUUUCAAAGUGGUUUAAAAAAGGUUGCCAUACUUUACAAAAUGUAUUUUCAGAGCCACGAACUGUGUAUCAAAUUUUUUCCAGAUCCAUCUAAGACAUGAUGUCUUUAAUCAUUGUGAAUGUGAAGGGGCCACAUCAUCCUUCCAUUUAAGCAAGAUGACUCGCCUGGCUAAAAAAAGGGAGAACGGUAACAUUCCAAGCUUGGAAUUGGGCAAGUUAAGGUCCGGAGCCACUCCAAACAGAGCACAAAGAGGGUCUGGUUUAACCUUAUGUUGCAGAACUUCGGAAACUGUAUGAAAGACAGAGUUCCAAAAAAGAACUAAUGAAGGACAGGACCAGUACAUGUGAAGCAAUGUGCCAGGUGCGCUUCCACACUUGCUACAAGUCGGAUCAACCCCUGGAUAUAUGCAUGACAAGAUUGUACAUCUUGGACAAAUGUACACGAUGUACAAUCUUCAACUGAAUAAGUGCAUGUCGAGCACACAUUGAAGUUGUGUGAACGAGACCUAGAAUAGAUUCCCACAGUUGAUCUGUAAUGGUAAAAUUACGAUCUUGUUCCCAUUUAGACUUUAUAACGUCAAUAGGCGGACAAUGCAGAUUUGAGAUUAAAUUGUAUAAUACUGUUAUUACUCCCUUAGAGGUUGGAUUGACUAAUAAAAUUUGAUCUAAUGGAUUGUAUGAAGGUUUUUGAGGAAAAUUUGUCACUAUAGUUUGAACACAAUGUCUGACUUGUAAAAAACGCAAAAACUGUGUAGAGGCAAAACCAAAUUUGUCAGACAGCUCGGAAAAACUUGCAAAUUGUCCAUUCAAGUAUAAAUCAGCAAAACAUUUCAGACCACUCCUGUGCCAUGCAUGAAAAGCGUUACCUGUUAUUGAGGGAGCAAAAAGGUGAUUUGCAGCAAGUGGACUCUGAAGUGAGAAAGACUGCAGACCGAAUUUUUUCCUGAAUUGGCACCAUAUUCUUAGAGAUUACUUGGAUUUUUAUUUUCUAAAUCAAACAAAGGCUAGGUAUUUUUACUGAAAAAUGGGACAAAAAGUACAAGACUCAUUUCAACUAAAGUGAAAACACCUCUCAUUGCUCACAUAAAACAUAAUCACUAAGGCUAUACUGAGCAUCAACCCUCGUUUUUGCAGACACCAAAGAUUUGGAAUUUAAAUAAAGGUUAGUCUUUGUUUAAAUUCAAAACAAUGGGACAAUGAAAAUCUCUACAAUUAAGGUUAAGAAGUUUGUGCUUUAUUGUCACAGCGAGUGUUGUGAGCUGUGAGAUGUUUGAACACUAUUCAAGCAGAUAAAAAUACACUGCUAGGCGCUGAGGACUGCUGACUGCAAAGCUAAAGAUCAGAACAUGAAAAUUCCGUGAGAGCCCCUACAUGCACAUGUCACAUAUAUGUCAUACGUUUGGGAGGAUGCCGCUCCAGCCGGGGCCCUCAUAUACGAGGAUUGAAAGUGGAUCACUUUUGGGUUUAAUAAUUGUUUUCAAUCAGACUGAAAAAAAAAAAAAAACUCCAUGUAACCUGGGCCAGUGGCAGCCAUACAAAUGGAAAAAUGUCUUGCAA